GCUACAGAAAUGCCUUUAUUUUAAAUGAAUUCCUAAGUCAGAAUAGUUGUCUAAUACUACUGAAAUCUUUUUUACUUCGACGUUUUGUAAAAAUCAUGUUACUACCAAAAUUUAAUUAAUCAAAACAUUGACAUAUUAAUAGACUUUUAUUUCGAUUGAUUGUCAAUAACAUUCUUAAGUUCCAGGAAUACAUGCAAGGGAAAAAAGUCACAAAGAUGCAAAUAUCUAACAAUGAUUCGACAUACCAAUAAAUUUCAAUGAAUUUAACUUGAAGAAUAGAUUUCCUGUUAAAAUGUGGGCUUGCAAAUUAUUGCUAUACAACGUCAUUAUAAUUUACUUCCAAAGCAGUGCAACGAAAACUGAAUGGUUUCAGAAAUUAAUAAAUUACAUUCAAAUUGAUUCAAGGAAAUAUCAAGUAUUCCUAAUCUCUAACAAUGAUGACCUUGACAAUAGAACAAAUCAUGUUUUGAAAAUAGCAAAACACUUUCCAACUCAGCUAGUCAAUUUCAAUUGCUUGCAAGAAUCUAGAACAAAUUGCUUGAAAAAUUAUCACCAGUUUCCCGAAGAUCCACGACAAACAAAUUUGAAUAUCAUCCUUCCAUCACGGAACGUAUCAAAAUGCAUUCGACAAACUAUCGAUGUAAUCGAUUUCUUGAUCACCUUAUCAAAAGGUAGAACUCGACCAAAAUUUCUAGUUAUCUUUUCUACAGAGAAAAACAAAGUCUCUUACAAGAAACUGUUGCACCAAAUGUGGAACAAUCAAGUUUUGGAUGCUACUAUCCUCAAGAUUGACCAAAAAUCAUUUGUGGACAAUUAUUUUCUGGAUAGCAUGAUUGAAGAUGCAACAAUUAUCCAGUACAAUCCAUUUUCGAGAGCAUUUACAAAAACGAGACUGUCAUCAAAAUCAGUGUGGUUUCCAGACAAACUUCGCAAUUUGCAUCAAAGCCGUUUGAUGGUAGCACUUCAGAAUUUUUUUCCUCUGGCCAAUGUAUCACGCAAUGCUUCAGGACAUGUAACUGAAUCUUCAGGAGUAGAUGCAAAUAUCAUCAAAUUUAUGGCAAGAGAAAUAAACUUCUCCCUGGAAUUAAUUCCAAACAAUUAUACGAGUAUGGGACCGUACAAUAUUAAGGAUCCUAAAUCCGAAAAGCGUCAGGGAUUAACGACAAUGUUAUCUAGAAAUGAAUUAAAUAUUUUGGCUAAUAGUCUUGUAGGAAAAAUUGUAAAUGAUUAUAUUUGGACUGAGAUGAGCAGAGAAGUAGAUCAUGCUAUCUUAAAAGUACUUGUGCCUAUUCAGAAAAUCAAGGUUUCAACUUGGAUUAUUACUGGAAGAAUGAUAUUUACAAUUGCCGCAAGUAUUACAUUGAUUCUUUUUCUAUUGAUUCUAGCAAGAUUUCUGAACUUAGAAAAAGAUGUAUGGCAAUUAUUUGCCCUUCUUAGAAUGAUCUUCACAUUCGUUGCUGACAAAGAGCCGAAAAAAACUGCUGAUCAGAUUAUCUAUGUUUUCUUGUUGCUCACAUCGAUGAUAUUGUCAAUGGGCAUAUUCGAGGUUUGUACUGAUUUAAACGUUAACUAUGAAACUGAGAUUAAAAUGGACACCUUAAAUGAUUUUAUAAAAUCGGGUUUGAAACCAAUGCUUUCCAAAGGAAUGAGGGACUAUAUGUUUCCUUUCAGUAAUGGAUCGGUAAGAAUCAUUUUAAAAAAUGCUAAAACCGGAGAUAUAAAUCAACAGGCUGUUUGUUUAGAGGAAUUAGUAAAGUAUCGUAACGUCGGCUGCAUUGUUAAUUCUGUCACUGCUGAUUAUGCUAUGAAGAAAUACAAAGAUCAGUCAGGUGAAUCGCUUUUGAAACUUAUUCCAGAACCUAUAUACGAUUCAUGGUUUUACAUGUUUUUUGAACAAGGAUCGCCGUAUGCAACACGAUUCAAUCAGCUUUUUCUGAGAAUCCAGGAAGUUGGAAUUCGAAAACACUUUCAGGAAAAAGCAAAAAUCUUGAAUGAACCAAUUAAUUUCGUUUUAGGGAGAAAAGAACUUGAAAAAAUGUGUAAACUGAUACGAAUUUUUUUCUUUGUAUUCCUUGUCGGAAAUUGUUUGACAACUGUUGUCUUUCUUUUUGAGAUAUUCAUGACAAGAAGAAGUUGCUAAAAAGAAAGUCCUUCUUUUUACAUUUUUAAUCAAAAUUUGUAACUCUUAACUAUUACUUUUCUCUGCAACUAUUACCUACUAAUUGAUCCUAAAAGACGAAUUUAGUAAAACCUCUGAAUUAUUCCGUAUACGAAAUUGUUUUAAAAUUUAGCUUUAAAUUGAUAUUUAUUCAUUUCAUCAAAAGUUUAUGAAAUUUUUUUUGAACUCACAAAUGUUACAAGAUUAUUUUUUAAUGCGUCACUCAGUAUAAUUGCUGUUAUUAUCAAAAUGAAUAAUUUUUAAAAUAAAUACAAAAAAACGUUAUAAUAUAACAUACUUGUCGUUAAUAAUAAAAUUAAUAAAGAAGGUGUAUUAAAGAAACGAGUUGAACAAUUUAAAAAUAUAUUUCAGAAUUUAAAAUUUUUCUGUA